AUGAGCACAGGUUUAAUUAAAAAGUAAAUACAAAGCUCAACAAAAGAUGUAUUUGCUUACAGCGUUUAGCGUUAGCCCAAUAGACUUGUCCCAGGGUUUGCGUCUGACCCAUUAUCGCUAACCAGAGGCGAGGACUGCUAAUACUCUCCCUCCUAACCCACUUGAGGUUGCUCGCUGAACGAUUGCACAAGCAAUGCUCAGCUUAUGUUGUCUUCAUUUAAUAUCGACUCUAAAUUAUGAAGCUGCCCAUCGCUCCCGGCGGAGACACUUAGAGCAUUAGGCCCCACCGUUAGAAAACAUUUAGUGAUAGCAUAGCCCUUUCUCCUCAGAGAGGGGAAGGGAAAUGGAAGACAGGAGGGGGCUGUGUAGGGCAGCUACAGCUCAGUGGGGGUGUAUUAGGGCUCCAGAGGGACAAAGCAGACCUCACAAUAAGCAAUCACAGGCAAUUUAUGAAAUAGCAUCGUGCUACAUAGGUAAGGACCCAGAUUGAGAGAAGGAACCAUCUAGAUUUCCACACCAAUUCAGUGUCUCAGAGGAUAUAUAAAUGUGCCAGCACCCAGUUUGGUGUGUAAUGUACAGUAUAUGCAUUAAGUGCUCGCUUUCAAUGCACGCCAACUUUAUGUCCUGUCUCCAAUGGCAAUGUGAAUUCAGGGGCCACACACAUUGAGCCAAAGCUCUCUUUCUCACUCCCUCCCCCCCUCUAUCUCCCCUCUCGCUCUCUCUCUAUCCCCCUCUCUCUAUCCCCCCCUCUCUCUCUCUGUGGCCUUUUUCCAGGUAUGAUUUUGUGGAGAUCGAGGAGCCAUCUGAGAACACCAUCCUGGGCCGCUGGUGCGGGUCCCAGGUACCCGCCAGCCACACAUCCAAAGGCGGUCAGAUCCGGGUGAGAUUUAUCUCAGAUGAGUACUUCCCCUCCGAGCCCGGCUUCAGCAUUCACUACUCCCUGCUCCCCAUGGUAAGCCACCUUUCCUCUGAGCACACAAACAACACAAAAACACUCCCUUACGUAAUUACCUAUUAUGUUGUUCUGUAUGUGCAAACCUCUCUCGACGUAUUUGUUUUGACCAGUGUUUAUAGCUAAGUGCUGUUGUAAUAGAAGUCGUGACUGUAUGGACAUUUGAUGCACCUGUGAUCCAAUCAGACAAGGUUUUGAUAAGAGGCAAUGUGCUGGAGUGUUAAUAGAGUUGGGUGAGCUUGAGAUUGCGCUCAGCCCAGACGGUGUCUAGGCUCUCAGGCACAGCAUAGCCUGCUGACUCUGGUUGGAUUCAUUCCACGUCUAAUUAUUCUCCUUCGACUGAUGAAGAAUGGCGCUACGCCCUCCGAUUUAACCAUCAAACAGGCAAAGCGUCAAUACAGGACCCAAAUCGAAUCCUACUACACCAGCUCUGAUGCUCGUCGGAUGUGGCGAGGCUUGCAAACUAACACGGAUUACAAAGGAAAACCCAGCCUCGAGCUGCCCAGUGACGCGAGCCUACCAGACGAGCUAAGUACCUUCUAUGCUCGCUUCGAGGAAAAACAACACUGAACCAUGCAUGAGAGCACCAACUGUUCAGGACAACUAUGUGAUCACGCUCUCCGUAGACAAUGUGAGCAAGACCUUUAAACAGGUUAACAUUCACAAGACAGAUUACCAGGAUGCGUACUCCGAGCAGGAGCUGACCAGCUGGCAAAUUGUCUUCACUGAUAUUUUCAACCUCUCCCUGACCCAGUCUGUAAUACUACCGUAGUCACUGUGCCCAAGGAGGCCAAGGUAGCCUGUCUAAAUUACUAUCACUAAAUAGCACUCACCUCUAUAGCCAUGAAAUGCUUUGAAAGGCUGGUCAUGGCUCACAUCAACACCAUCAUCCCAGACACCCUGGACCCACUCCAAUUUGCAUACCGCCCCAACAGAUCCACAGAUGACACAAUCUCUAUUGCACUCCACACUGCUGUUCAUUGACUACAGCUCAGCGUUCAACACCAUAGUGCCCUCCAAGCUCAUCACUAAGCUAAGGACCCUGGGAUAAAACACCUCCCUCUGCAACUGGAUCCUGGACUUCCUGACGGGCCGCCCCCAGGUGGUGAGGGUAGGCAACAUCACAUCCGCCACGCUGACCCUCAACAUGGGGGUCCCUCAGGGGUGUGUGCUUAGGUCCCUCCUGUACUCCCUAUUCACCCACAACUGCGUGGCCACGCACAACUCCAACUCCAUAAUUAAGUUUGGUGACGACAGUACGAUGAUGAGACAGCCUAUAGGGAGGAGGACAGAGACAUGGCAGUGUGGUGCUAGGAAAAACAAACCUCUCCCUCAGCGUCAGCAAGACAAAGGAGCUGAUCGUUGACUACAGGAAACGGAGGGCCGAACAAGCCCCUAUUCACAUCGACAGGGCUUUAGUGGACCGGGUCGAGAGCUUCAAGUUCCUCUGUGUCCACAUCACUAAGGAUCUAUCAUGGUCCAAACACACCAACACAGUAUGAAGAGGGCACGACAACAGAUUUGGCAUGGGCCUCAGAUCCUCAAAAAGUUAUACAGCUGCACCAUUGAGAGCAUCUUGACUGGCUGCAUCACCGCUUGGUAUAGAAACUGCUUGGCAUCCGACCGCAAGGCGCUACAGAGGGAAGUGCGUACGGCCCAGUACAUCACUGGGGCCGAGCUCCCUGCCAUCCAGGACCUCUAUACCAUGCGGUUUCAGAGGAAGUCCUUCAAAAUUGUCAAAGACUCCAGCCACCCAAGUCAUAGACUGUUCUCUCUGCUACCGCACAGCAAGUGGUACUGGAGCACCAAGUCUGGGACCAUAAGACUGCUGAACAGUUAAUCAAAUGGCUACAGGGACUAUUUGCAUUGAGCCCUUUAUUAUUUUAUGUUAAUUUAUUUGCACUGACAUUUUUUUUCUUUUCUUCUAUAUAUAUAUAUAUAUAUAUAUAUAUUUUUUUUUUAGGGGGUAGAUCAGCUUUAAUAUUGCAGAUAGGUUGUAACUUCCAUCAAUGUAAUUGUUUGCAUCCCUUCCAAUCCCCCAUAUGUUUUUUUUCUUCUCGCAAAUAGAUAUAUACUUACAUUCUUGCACUUUUACUCUGCUUUGUUGGGAAAGGGCUUGUAAGUAAGCAUUUCACAGUAAACUCUACACCUGUUGAAUUCGGUGCAUGUGACAAAUACAAUUUGAUUUGAUAUAACAAAUUGAUUAAGAGAUGGAAGAGGCCAACUAUUAGCUCUGGGCUUGUGUCUGAAAUAACAGGUUUUUACAUGGCUCUCUCAUUCUGUCUCUCUUUUUCUCAGUUUCUUCCAUCCUUUCUCUCACGAUUCAGUCAGGCUCUAUUGGCAGGAUGUGUGUGAAUAGUCCCAAUUUAGAUCAUGCAAGAUCACAUUACCCUGUCUGUCUGUUUACAUCCUACACACACACAGGCAUCCUAUUCGCCUCUCCUCUUUCUCUCUCUAAACCCUCUCUCACCUUUUUACCCUUUCCUGACCCCCCCCCCUCUCUCCCCUUCUCCCCAACCUCCCCCUCCCCUCCUUCUCUCUCCUUCUCUCUCCUCAUCCCAGACCACACACAUAGAGGCCCCUUCAUACCCACACAUUUCACUUACAAAGACCCAGAGAUAAACUGAAGUGAAGACUGCCAUGUUUUAACCUGUCAUGUUGCAGUUGUGUGCGCCUCACUCUAAGUAAACAGCUCUUCCCUUCAUUAAUCCGUAAUGGCCUGCAGCACAGAGAAAUCAUUUAUGUUCCUGACAAGCACAAAUGGGAAAAGGAGGUCAGCGACGGUGCUUCUUUAUGUCUGUUUUACCUUUUCCCUUUUUUCGGAGAACGAGACAGUUUAUUUUUUAUUUCAUUCGCUUUCGCAGUUUUCUUUUGGUUUAUAAUUACCACAUUCUUUCACUUGGUUAUAUUGACUCUGCUCUCUUUGGUAGAUGAGCUGACACUUCCAUGUGUUUCUUUAUACAAAUGCAUUUACUGUACUUUCUGACUCUUUUCAGGUUUCUGAUACUUUUUCAGAAUCUCAAUACAGCUGCCUAACAUGUUGUCCUUCUUCUAUUAAUGUGAGCCAUGACUCUCUUUUCACCCAAAAUUCUACUUAAAAUGUGCCAUAUACUUUCAUACCAUAAAGGUGAUCUAAUGUGGAGCUGAGUCCUUAUUCUACACCGUAUAGUGUAUACAACCAGCUUUAUUCAUUAGAUGAAAUCUGCAGGCCUCAAUGCUAAACUGAAGGGACCCACCCACACAUACAUACACAUAAACAAAGGCCUGACCUGACCUUAAUACUAAGUGCCUUUCAUGCAAUUUGCCCUAAACAUUAUAAUAAUUGACAUUCAUUUGGUUGUGUAAUUACUUGUAACCCAUUUUCUGCAGUAGGAGACAGCACAGAGGAAGCAGUUUGUGUUCAUUAAGCUUUAAUGAUAUCUGUCAAGACUAAUAGUAUGCUGGGCCGAUCAUAGUUAACCCUACGUUUGCACAUACGCUCUUAGAAAAAAGGGUUCCAAAAGGGUUAUUCGGCUGUCACCAUAAGAGAGUCCUUUUUUGUUCAAGGAUGAACCCUUUUAGGUUCUAGAUAGCACCUUUUUUCCCAAGAGUGUAGAGGCCUGUGUGAAUGUGACUAAAACUGAUGUCACCAACUUCAGCCAUGUUCCAGUUUAAAGGUGAUCCAUUUGGAUUGUUCAAUGACCCAAAGUGUCAUUAGAUUAUAACUUUUCAGAAGUCAUGCAGAUCUAGACAAAAAACAUCCUAUCCAGUGACUUGAGACCCUUUGCUAGCCAUGCUCCCUCCCUUGACCAAAUAUCAAAUCAAAUCAAAUCAAAUUGUAUUUGCCACAUGCGCCAAAUACAACAGGUGUAGACAUUAGUGAAAUGCUUACUUACAAGCCCUUAACCAACAAUGCAGUUUUUAAGAAAAUACAAAAGUAAAGAGCAGCAGUAAAAUAAAAUAACAGUAGGGAGGCUAUAUACAGGCGGUACCGGUACAGAGUCAAUGUGCGGGGGAACCGGUUAGUCGAGCUAAUUGAGAUAAUAUGUACAUGUGGGUAGAGUUAAAGUGACUAUGCAUAAAUAAUAAUCAGAGUAGCAGCAGCAUAAAAGAGGGGGUUGGGGUUGGGGGCAAUGCAAAUAGUCCGGGUAGCCAUGAUUAGCUGUUCAGGAGUCUUAUGGCUUGGGGGUAGAAGCUGUUAAGAAGCCUUUUGGACCUAGACUUGGCGCUCCGGUACCGCUUGCCGUGCGGUAGCAGAGAGAACAUUCUAUGACUAGGGUGGCUGGAGUCUUUGAUAAUUGUUAGGGCCUUCCUCUGACACCGCCUGGUCCUGGAUGGCGGGAAGCUUGGCCCCAGUGAUGUACUGGGCCGUACGCACUACCCUCUGUAGUGCCUUGCGGUCGGAGGCCGAGCAGUUGCCAUACCAGGCGGUGAUGCAACCAGUCAGGAUGCUCUUGAUUGGUGCAGCUGUAGAACUUUUUGAGGAUCUGAGGACCCAUGCCAAAUCUUUUCAGUCUCCUGAGGGGGAAUAGGCUUUGUCGUGCCCUCUUCACGACUGUCUUGGUGUGUUUGGACCAUGAUAGUUUGUUGAUGAUGUGGACACCAAGGAACUUGAAGCUCUCAACCUGUUCCACUACAGCCCCAUCGACGAGAAUGGGGGCGUGCUCAGUCCUCUUUUUUUUCCUGUAGUCCACAAUCAUCUCCUUUGUCUUGAUCACAUUGAGGGAGAGGUUGUUAUCCUGGCACCACACGGCCAGGUCUCUGACCUCCUCCCAAUAGGCUGUCUCAUCGUUGUCUGUGAUCAGGCCUACCACUGUUGUGUCGUCGGCAAACUUAAUGAUGGUGUUGGAGUCGUGCCUGGCCAUGCAGUCAUGUGUGAACAGGGAGUACAGGGGGGGACUGAGCACGCACCCCUGAGGGGCCCCCGUGUUGAGGUUCAGCGUGGGAAAGGGCAGUGUGGAGUGCAAUAGAGAUUUGCAUCAUCUAUGGAUCUGUUGGGGCGGUAUGCAAAUUUGAGUGGGUCUAGGGUUUCUGGGAUAAUGGUGUUGAUGUGAGCCAUGACCAGCCUUUCAAAUCACUUCAUGGCUACAGACGUGAGUGCUAUGGGUCGGUAGUAAUUUAGGCAGGUUAUCUUAGUGUUCUUGGGCACAGGGACUAUGGUAGUCUGCUUUAAACAUGUUGGUAUUACAGACUCAGUCAGGGACAUGUUGAAAAUGUCAGUGAAGACACUUGCCAGUUGGUCAGCGAAUGCUCGGAGUACACGUCCUGGUAAUCCGUCUGGCCCUGCGGCCUUGUGAAUGUUGACCUGCUUAAAAGUCUUACUCACAUGGGCUAUGGAGAGUGUGAUCACAUAGUCAUCCAGAACAGCUGAUGCUCUCAUGCAUGCUUCAGUGUUGCUUGCCUCGAAGCGAGCAUAGAAGUGAUUUAGCUCGUCUGGUAGGCUUGUGUCACUGGGCAGCUCAUGGCUGUGCUUCCCUUUUGUAGUCUGUAAUCGUUUUCAAGGCCUGCGACAUCCGACGGGUGUCGGAGCCGGUGUACUACAAUUCAAUCUUAGUCCUGUGUUGACUCUUUGCCUGUUUGAUGGUUCGUCGGAGGGCAUAGUGGGAUUUCUUAUAAGCGUCCGGGUUAGAGUCCCGCUCCUUGAAAGCGGCAGCUCUACCCUUUAGCUCAGUGCAGAUUUUGCCUGUAAUCCAUGGUUUCUGGUGGGGUAUGUACGUACUGUCACUGUGGGGACGAUGUCAACGAUACACUUAUUGAUGAAGCCAGUGAAUGAUGUGGUGUACUCCUCAAUGAUAUCGGAAGAAUCCCGGAACAUAUUCCAGUCUGUGCUAGCAAAACAGUCCUGUAGCUUAGCAUCUGCGUCAUCUGACCACUUCCUUAUUAACCGAGUCACUGGUGCUUCCUGCUUUAGUUUGUGCUUAUAAGCAGGAAUCAGGAGGAUAGAGUUAUGGUCAGAUUUGCCAAAUGGAGGGCGAGGGAGAGCUUUGUACGCGUCUCUGUGUGUGGAGUAAAGGUGGUCUAGAGUUUUUUUUCCCUCUGGUUGCACAUUUAACAUGCUGCUAGAAAUUAGGUAGAACGGAUUUAAGUUUCCCUGCAUUAAAGUCCCCGGCCACUAGGAGCGCUGCCUCUGGAUGAGUGUUUUCCUGUUUACUUAUGGCCUUAUACAGCUCAUUGAGUGCAAUCUUAGUGCCAGCAUCAGUUUGUGGUGGUAAAUAGACAGCUACGAAAAAUAUAGAUGAAAACUAUUUUGGUAAAUAGUAUGGUCUACAGCUUAUCAUGAGAUACUCUACCUCAGGCGAGCAAAACCUUGAGACUUCCUUUGUAUUAGAUUUUAUGCACCAGCUGUUGUUUACAAAUAUACACAGACCGCCACCCUUUGUCUUACCGGAGUCAGCCGUUCUAUCCUGCCGAUGUAGCGUAUAUCCCGCCAGCUGUAUUUUGUCCAUGUCGUCGUUCAGCCACGACUCGGUGAAACAUAAGAUAUUACAGUUUUUAAUGGCCCGUUGGUAGGAUAACCUUAAUCUGAUUGAACAUUGGCUAAUAGGAUUGAUGGAAGAGGAUCCUUACAAGGCACGCCGACCUAUGUCCACGAUAUCUCUGUCUCUUUCUCAUGCGAAUGACGGGGAUUUAGGCCUUGUCGGGUGUCUGUAGGAUAUCCUUUGCGUCCCACUCGUUAAAGAAAAAAUCUUAGUCCAAUACGAGGUGAGUAAUCGCUGUCCUGAUAUCCAGAAGCUCUUUUUGGUCAUUAGAGACGGUGGCAGAAACAUUAUGUAUAGAAUAAAUUACAAAUAACGCAAAAAAACACACAUAAUAGUACAAUUGGUUAGCGGGCUGUAAAACGGCAGCCAUCUUCUCCGGCGCCAUUCAUCAAAUAUGUUUUCCUAUCACUGAGUACGGUUACAUGCACUCAAUAAUGUGAUUAUUGUAGAUAGUCACAUUAAUAUAAUAGUUUGAUUAAAACGUUUACAUGCUUUGCAAGAAGAACGAUUUCCCUAAUCCUGUUUACAUGGACACAUCUGAAAUCAGGCUACCUGAUGGCACUCUGAUAAAUGCAGAAAAUCGGCAAUCAAAAUAAACGUUCUACCACAGUGAACAUGUUAUUUCGGACAUAUAAAGUUUGUAUGUUAAAACUACUUCUAAGAAGCAUACAUUCAGUUGUUCCUAACACACUUCACUCGCGCUAAAGAAGGAGACUCGCUCAGCUGGUACUAGCACACGUGCAGAUCAAAUAUACUGCUGGAACGCUGAUUUAAGGUUUUUACAUGUCCUAAUAAUUUGAAAGAUCGCUCAGAAAACCAUGUGUUUUAAUCGGUGUAUGCUUACUUCGAUUUGACCUUCGAUUAAGAUAAGCAGAGUAAGGUGACCUUUACAUGACUAUUGCCAUACUCGGCCUACUGUCAUAUUCAGUUUAAUAUCGAAUUAUUAUUGUGCAUGUGAACAUACUCAAUGCCUUGGAGAACAUUAUGAUCCCUCGUAUCAUAAAUCUCACAAGGUUUUUUUGAGAGUGGACCUUUGAUGAUACUACGUAAUUUUGGGCGUUGAAAAACGUUUGUGGCAUUGACAAGUGGCUGUGUGCUGCGGUGCUUUCCGUUCCAAUAUCCCAUCUCACUUUACACGUCAAUGAUUACUGGAAGGUAAUUUCUGAUGCAUAUCCUCCAGAAAUGAUUUAAUAGGUAUGUUUCUCUUUGAUGUGUGAUACCCUGCUCAGAACAUUAUUUAUUUCCUCGAGGUGUUUACUAAAGCAUUUGUGUAUGCCCGGACCUUUCAAUCUCUGCUAAAUGAGUUUCAUUGUCUCCCGUGGAACAAAGGUAUUGUUCGUCUUUUUCAGUUCAUGCUAAAAAGAACGAGAAGCUUUGGUGUUUAAUCAUCCUGCCAUAUAGCACCAUGUUGUCUGAAAGACAAGAUGGGACUUGAUUUUUGUAUCGUUUCUCUCCUUUAUCUUCAAGACGAAUAUCAGGAGAGAUACUUAUAAAGCAGAUAGAUUUACAGAGAAUAAGGACUUUACUGAUUUGAAAGCACCUUUUUACAGAACAAUGUCCCCAGUGACUCCUGUCAAUCCAUAGAGAAUAGAUCCUCCACCAAAUCCACGGCCCAUCAACUUGCUUUGCUUAGUCUCCCAUCCAAGCACUGCACAACUUCUAAGAUGGGGAAUGAAUACAUUUAUUUAUGUAUGUGAAAGUCAUGAGGGUACAAAAGAUGAGGAGAGCUUACUUCUACUCUAGUUUUAUUCACAAACCACAGAUCAUCUGAACGUUAACCUACAGUGAAUCAAACAAGGAUCUGAGAUCUAGUAUUUUAUUAGCUAAAGCAGCAGCCACUCUUCUGAACCCUAGGUUAACUUUGCUGUAGUGUUCAUCAAUCCUAAUUAGAAUGAGUAAAUACGAAUUACCUUAUUAAAUACCUUAAACCAUUUACUACACUGGCACUCCAAACCUCUGAAUCCAUAACCUUGUAAGAAUCCAGUUUGCUGUAGGAUUUUUGCCUCUUAAACAGUGAUUCCCAAAAGCAAUGUUGAUCUCUCCUAAGGUCUACAAUUUGUCCAUUUGUUUUUGCUCUGUGGUAGAACUGUUCUGUUAUUCUAGUGGAAGGGAAGCUUAGUCUCCUGGCGUACAGUGCACAUCAAGAGGUGUGGCUGGAUCGUGAGGGGCUACUUAUAAUGUCCAAUAGGGGGAGAGUAUUGGAACCUACAAUUCUGCCACCAUGCUGUUUUCACUGUUGCUUUCUGUUGUUGAUGAUUUGGGGAUCUGUGGUAGUACAUCAUAAGUGCUGUAGACUGUGAUGAAGCCGUUUAGAUAGGAUACAGAUCUCUGUAAUGCAUCCUCUGGCUGACAGAAAAAAACAUAUCUUCAGGGUGCAACUGCUGAGUGUGGAGGUUUUUCAGGUGAUUGUUUGGGAUUUGAAUUCUUUACACUAGACUGGGAUUGAAUCAACUGCAGAUUUCUGGGAAGCACUUUCAGAUUUGCAUUUGUUUGAACAGCAGCUUGGGAUAGAGGGUGUUAACACUUGGUUUAUAAACUGAAUAUAUAGUAGGAAGAUAUGUACAGCGUGCCGGACAGAUACAUAUGUAAUGUAAAUUGAACCUGCAUGCAUACAUACAAUGCCUUCAGAAAGUAUUCACACCCCUUGACUUGUGGCAAAGCAAUUAACUUUUUGUCCUGGAUACAAAGUGUUAUGUUUGGGGCAAAUCCAUUACAACACAUUACUGAGUACCACUCUCCAUAUUUCCAAGCAUAGUGGUGGCUGCAUGAUGUUAUGGGUAUGUUUGUAAUCGUUAAGGACUGGGGAGUUUUUCAGGAUAAAAAAUAAACUAAGAGCUAAGCACAGGCAAAAUCCUAGAGGAAAACCUGGUUUAGUCUGCUUUCCACAGGACACUGGGAGAUUAAUUAACCUUUCAGCAGGACAAUAACUGUAAACACAAGGCCAAAUGUACACUGCAGUUGCUUACCAAGAAGACAGUGAAUGUUCCUGAGUGGCGGAGUUAUAGUUUUGACUUACACUACCGGUCAAAAGAUUUAGAACACCUACUCAUUCAAGGGUUUUUCUUUAUUUUUACUAUUUUGUACAUUGUAGAAUAUUAGUGAAGAAAUCAAAACUAUGAAAUAACACAUAUGGAAUCAUGUAGUAACCAAAAAAGUGUUAAACAAAUAAAAAAUAUAUUUUAUUAUUGAGAUUCUUCAAAUAGCCACCCUUUGCCUUGAUGACAGCUUUGCACACUCUUGGCAUUCUCUCAACCAGCUUCACCUGGAAUGCUUUUCCAACAGUCUUGAAGGAGUCCACAUAUGCUGAGCACUUGUUGGCUGCUUUUCCUUCACUCUGCGGUCCGACUCAUCCCAAACCAUCUCAAUUUGGUUGAGGUCGGGGGAUUGUGGAGGCCAGGUCAUCUGAUGCAGCACUCCAUCCCUCUCCUUCUUGGUAAAAUAGCCCUUACACAGCCUGGAAGUGUGUUGGGUCAUUGUCCUGUUGAAAAACAAAAUGAUAGUCCCACUAAGCCCAAACCAGAUGGGAUGGCGUAUCGCUGCAGAAUGCUGUGGUAGCCAUGCUGGUUAUGUGUGCAUAGAAUUCUAAAUAAAUCACAGACAGUGUCACCAGCAAAGCACCCCCACACCAUAACACCUCCUCCUCCAUGCUUUACGGUGGGAAAUACACAUGUGGAGAUCAUCCGUUUACCCACACCGCGUCUCACAAAGACACGGCGGUUGGAACCAAAAAUGUCCAAUUUUGACUCCAGACCAAAGGACACAUUUCUACCGGUCUAAUGUCCAUUGCUCGUGUUUCUUGGCCCAAGAAAGUCUCUUCUUCUUAUUGGUGUCCUUUAGUAGUGUUUUCUUUGCAGCAAUUCGACCAUGAAGGCCUGAUUCACACAGUCACCUCUGAACAGUUUAUUUGGGCUGCAUUUUCUGAGGCUGGUAACUUUAAUGAACUUAUCUUCUGCAGCAGAGGUAACUCUGGGUCUUCCAUUCCUGUGGCGGUCCUCAUGAGAGCCAGUUUCAUCAUAGCGCUUGAUGGUUUUUGCGACUGCACUUGAAGAAACUUUCAAAGUUCUUGAACAUUUUCCGUAUUGACUGACCUUGAUGUCAGUUAACACCUGUUAAUUGAAGUACAUUCCAGGUGACUACCUCAUGAAGCUGGUUGAGAGAAUGCCAAGAGUGUGCAAAGCUGUCAUCAAGGCAAAGGGUGGCUAUUUCAUUGUUUUGAUGUCUUCACUAUUAUUCUACAAUGUAGAAAAUAGUAAAAAUAAAGAAAAACCCUCGAAUGAGUAGGUGUUCUAAAACUUUUGACCGGUAGUGUACAUCUGCUUGAAAAUCUAUGGCAAGACUUGAAAAUGGUUGUCUAGCAAUGAUCAGCAACCAAUUUAACAGAGCUUGAAGAAUUGUUUAAAGAAUAAUUGGCUAAUAUUGAACAAUCCAGGUGUGCAAAGCUCUUAGAGACUUACCCAGAAAAACGUACAGCUGUAAUCGCUACCAAAGGUGAUUCUAACAUGUAUUGACUCAGGGGUGUGAAUACCUACAGUGGGGGAAAAAAAGUAUUUAGUCAGCCACCAAUUGUGCAAGUUCUCCCACUGAAAAAGAUGAGAGGCCUGUAAUUUUCAUCAUAGGUACACGUCAACUAUGACAGACAAAAUGAGAAAAAAAAAACUUUUUUUUAAUGAAUUUAUUUGCAAAUUAUGGUGGAAAAUAAGUAUUUGGUCAAUAACAAACGUUUCUCAAUACUUUGUUAUAUACCCUUUGUUGGCAAUGACACAGGUCAAACGUUUUCUGUAAGUCUUCACAAGGUUUUCACACACUGUUGCUGGUAUUUUGGCCCAUUCCUCCAUGCAGAUCUCCUCUAGAGCAGUGAUGUUUUGGGGCUGUCGCUGGGCAACACAGACUUUCAACUCCCUCCAAAGAUUUUCUAUGGGGUUGAAAUCUGGAGACUGGCUAGGCCACUCCAGGACCUUGAAAUGCUUCUUACGAAGCCACUCCUUUGUUGCCCAGGCGGUGUGUUUGGGAUCAUUGUCAUGCUGAAAGACCCAGCCACGUUUCAUCUUCAAUGCCCUUGCUGAUGGAAGGAGGUUUUCACUCAAAAUCUCACGAUACAUGGCCCCAUUCAUUCUUUCCUUUACACGGAUCAGUCGUCCUGGUCCCUUUGCAGAAAAACAGCCCCAAAGCAUGAUGUUUCCACCCCCAUGCUUCACAGUAGGUAUGGUGUUCUUUGGAUGCAACUCAGCAUUCUUUGUCCUCCAAACACAACGAGUUGAGUUUUUACCAAAAAGUUCUAUUUUGGUUUCAUCUGACCAUAUAACAUUCUCCCAAUCCUCUUCUGGAUCAUCCAAAUGCACUCUAGCAAACUUCAGACGGGCCUGGACAUGUACUGGCUUAAGCAGGGGGACACAUCUGGCACUGCAGGAUUUGAGUCCCUGGCGGCGUAGUGUGUUACUGAUGGUAGGCUUUGUUACUUUGGUCCCAGCUCUCUGCAGGUCAUUCACUAGGUCCCCCCGUGUGGUUCUGGGAUUUUUGCUCACCGUUCUUGUGAUCAUUUUGACCCCACGGGGUGAAAUCUUGCGUGGAGCCCCAGAUCGAGGGAGAUUAUCAGUGGUCUUGUAUGUCUUCCAUUUCCUAAUAAUUGCUCCCACAGUUGAUUUCUUCAAACCAAGCUGCUUACCUAUUGCAGAUUCAGUCUUCCCAGCCUGGUGCAGGUCUACAAUUUUGUUUCUGGUGUCCUUUGACAGCUCUUUGGUCUUGGCCAUAGUGGAGUUUGGAGUGUGACUGUUUGAGGUUGUGGACAGGUGUCUUUUAUACUGAUAACAAGUUCAAACAUGUGCCAUUAAUACAGGUAACGAGUGGAGGACAGAGGAGCCUCUUAAAGAAGAAGUUACAGGUCUGUGAGAGCCAGAAAUCUUGCUUGUUUGUAGGUGACCAAAUACUUAUUUUCCACCAUAAUUUGCAAAUAAAUUCAUUAAAAAUCCAACAAUGUGAUUUUCUGGAUUUUCUUUUCUCAAUUUGUCUGUCAUAGUUGACGUGUACCUAUGAUGAAAAUUACAGGCCUCUCUCAUCUUUUUAAGUGGGAGAACGUGCACAAUUGGUGGCUGACUAAAUACUUUUUUUCCCCACUGUAUGUAAAUUAGAUAUUUCUCAUUAAUACAUUUUGAAUUCAGGUUGUAACACAACAAAAUGUGGAAUCAGUCAAGGGGUAUGAAUACUUUCUGAAGGCACUGUACAUACUGUAUAUACAUACCUAAAUAAUGCCAACAUCCAUCUGUCCAUCCAUCUAUCCGUACACACAUAUUUGAUAUUUGAGAGUAUUGAUAGAUUGACAGAGCAAGAACAAGGCAGCCUGUCAUUCAUGUUAAGAAUCGGGGCAGCCGAGUGUUUACUGGCGGAAAUCACGAGAGGAAAGGGUAGCUUGGCCUGGCUUCUCUCUGAGCAUUCCUCGGGCGCUGGAAGGCCCCACUGUACAGCAGCACUUUUUCCCUGUGGUAAACCAGCGCUACUGGAACCUCAGGCCGUGUGGGCAGCAGUUGAGUUUGUAUUUAAACAAACAAUAAUUUCUCUUUACCACUUCCAUGGAAAGGGGAAAAAAUAAGACCCGGUCUGUAAUUCACAGGAAGAGAUUUUGGAAAAGCUAAAGGGACCGGCGAAGAGGCUGUUAAAACAUAGCAUGGCUUGGAGGAAAGAGGAUCUCUGAAUGGGGAGAAAAAAAAGGAAAACAAACUGAAAUACCAUUGUCUCCCUAAAUGUCAGCGUCAGGGUGAUCCAUUUUUCACACUAUACCUCCAGUAAGUUGGCCUGUUCUUUACAGGACUGAGGUCCAUUGUGCCUUCACACUUACUGUGAGACAACGAGUGCUCAUGAAAUUCCAUUUGAGAGAGAGAGAGAGCGACCCCACAGAGCCCCAGGACAGCAACACAAUUGGACCCAACCAAAUCAUGAGAAAACAAAAAGAUAAUUACUUGACAGAUUGGAAAGAAUUAACAAAAAAACUGAGCAAACUAGAAUGCUAUUUGGCCCUAAACAGAGAGUACACAGUGGCAGAAUACCUGACCAAACUGACUGAACCAAAAUUAAGGAAAGCUUUGACUAUGUACAGACUCAGUGAGCAUAGCCUUGCUAUUGAGAGAGGCCGCCCUAGGCAGACCUGGCUCUCAAGAGAAGACAGGCUAUGUGCACACUGCCCACAAAAUGAGGUGGAAACUGAGUGCACUUCCUAACCUCCUGCCAAAUGUAUGACCAUAUUAGAGACACAUAUUUCCCUCAGAUUACACAGACCCAUAAAGAAUUUGAAAACAAAUCACAUUUUGAUAAACUCCCAUAUCUAUUGGGUGAAAUACCACAGUGUGCCAUCACAGCAGUAAGAUGUGUGACCUGUUGCCACAAGAAAAGCGCAACCAGUGAAGAACAAACACCAUUGUAAAUACAACCCAUGUUUAUGUUUAUUUAUUUUCCCUUUUGUCCUUUAACUAUUUGCACAUCGCUACAACACUGUAUAUAGACAUAAUAUGACAUUUGAAAUGUCUCUAUUCCUUUGGAACUUUUGUGAGUGUUUACUGUUAAUUUUUUAUUGUUUAUUUCACUUUUGUUUAUCUAUUUCACUUGCUUUGGCAAAGUAAUCAUGUGUUUCCCAUGCCAAUAAAGCCAUUGAGAGAGAGAGACUAGUGAAAGGAUAUGACUGGCAAUGCCAUGCAGGGUCACAAGAGACUAAGAACCUAUUUUUAUACCAACCUCAAUUGCAGUGUGGUCGAUGGCACAGAAAGGUAACUUUUACUGCAGUGGGCUAAAUCAGGGUCACCCAGAGUGUUUCUUAAACAAAUCUACUUUGAAACCAAAGUAUGCACCUCACACACAGGGACCAUGUCAGGUAUACACUGAGUGUACAAAACAUGUUCACAGCAUGAAUGUACCUCUGUCCAGUCUGCAGCAGCUGCGUGAUGCCAUCGCCUCAGCAUGGAGCAACAUCCCUUUUGGAACGUUUCCGACACCUUGUAGAAUGCCCUGAAGAAUUCAGGCUGGAGGAAAAGGGGGGUACGACCCGGUACUACUAUAGAUGGGUGUACCUAAUAAACUGUCCGGUGAGUGUAUGUAAUACACUAUAUAUAAAAAAAGUAUGUGGACACCCCUUCAAAUAAGUGGAUUCGGCUAUUUCAGCCAUACCCAUGAAUAACAUCGAUCUCCAUAGACAAACAUUGGCAGUAGAAUGGCCUUACUGAAGAGCCACCUUUCCAACAAGUCAGUUCGUCAAAUGGCUGCUCUGCUAGAGCUGCCCCGGUCAACUGUAAGUGCUGUUAUUGUGAAGUGGAAACGUCUAGGAGCAACAACAGCUCAGCCGCGAAGUGGUAGGCCACACAAGCUCAUAGCAUAGCGUGUAAAAAUCAUCUGUCCAUGUUUGCAACACUCACUACCGAGUUCCAAACUGCCUCUGGAAGCAACGUCAGCACAAUAACUGUUCAUCGGGAGCUUCAUGAAAUGGGUUUCCAUGGCCGAGCAGCCGUACACAAGCCUAAGAUCACCAUGUGCAAUGCCAAGCGUCGGCUGGAGUGGUGUAAAGCUCGCCACCAUUGGACUCUGGAGCAGUGGAAAUGCGUUCUCUGGAGUAAUGAAUCACGCUUCACCAUCUGGCAGUCCGACGGACGAAUCUGGGUUUGGUGGAUGCCAGGAGAACGCAACCUGCCCGAAUGCAUAGUGCCAACUGUAAAGUUUGGUGGAGGAGGAAUAAUGGUCUAGUUCCAGUGAAGGGAAAUCUUAACGCUACAGCAUACAAUGACAUUCUAGACGAUUCUGUGCUUCCAACUGUGUGGCAAUAGUUUGGGGAAGGCCCUUUCCUGUUUCAGCAUGACAAUGCCACCGUGCACAAAGCAAGGUACAGAAAUGGUUUGUCGAGAUCGGUGUGGAAGAACUUGACUGGCCUUCACAGAGCCCUGACCUCAAUCACAUCGAACACCUUUAGGAGGAAUUGGAACGCCGACUGCGAGCCAGGCCUAAUCGCCCAACAUCAAUGCCCGACAUCACUAAUGCUCUUGUGGCUGAAUGGAAGCGAGUCCCCGCAGCAAUGUUCCAACAUCUAAUGAAAAGCCUUCCCACAAGAGUGGAGGCUGUUAUAGCAGCAAAGGGGGGACCAACUCCAUAUUAAUGCCCAUGAUUUUGGAAUGAGAUGUUCGACGAGCAGGUGUCCACAUACUUUUGGUCAUGUAGUGUAUGUAUGUAAUAUUCUGUAACUAUAUAUAUAUAUAUAUAUAUAUAUAUAUAUAUAUAUAUAUAUAUAUAUAUAUAUACACACACAUUUAUGAUAUAUAUAUACACACAAUCUCAUUUGCUCAAUGAGAUUGCGCUUCAAGGAUUUUGAUGGAUACAUUGUCCUGUAUUCAUAAAGUCUUGUCAGACAUUCUUCUGUGCCUCCUGACAUAAUACAUGUGCAUGCACACCACAUAGCUCAGAUGUCUAGUUCAGCUCACUCCUCACUCUACACACUAUCCACUCCUCUGUCGUUUCUGGGAGGAGUUGCUGUCCCUCGUCUGCCUGCUAAGCUAGUUUCUAAAAGAUGGACACAGCCUGCAACCAAUUUGAAACACCUUUUAGCGAUAGCUGCAGAAUACAAUAGAUGCUAUUCUGUGUCUGGGUUUUAUACCUCUUGAGAUUAAUUGUUACCCGACGAAGUUGUGGCUAAGAUACAAUACUAAGUAUCAGGCAACACAAGAAAAGAGUUAGAAUGUGAACAUGUUAACUGCAGUUAUGAGGCAAAAUAUUUGCAGGGUUGCUAAGGAGAGGUCAUAGCUUAGCUAUGUCAAAGGGAGUCAAGUUGAUGACUUGCAAAUUUUGAUAACCGUGCAAAUAAUUGGCUGAAAGCACAAAAGUAGUCUGACUCAGUUCAUCACAUUUAUUUAGGUUGUUUUGCUUUUUAAUACAAAUACAAUUGUGUUUUGUGGUGGUGCAGUUAGUUACAAAUAUAGGAAACAGAUGGAUAGUGCUGGUCAUUCAAUUACGAACACUAUCACUCAAAAAACUUCUUCAGACUUUCACCUUUGAGCCGAUCUGGGCAUUGUUCCAUCACUGAUAAGUUUCACCACAUUUAUAUUUGGAAAGAACCUUCUUUGCUGCCCUAUCUACCAUCCCAUAAUAGAUGACAGCUUCUGCUACACCUGAACACUUCAAACAUCUGAGGAAAAACUAAAGAUACCCGACGACCAGAUUCUCGAUACCAGUUUAACGAUUUCAGAGAAUUCAUGCCAGUCAAAAGUAACUAUGGCCCUUUUAAGUGCUUUGUUCCCCAAUGCCUUUAGUCAGGCCUCUCAGCUCCUUCCCAAAGCUUUAUUCACUGCAUUUCAUUUGUCUCUGAAGGAGUGUUUGGCUGCCACUUACGAGGCCAUGCCUACGGAGUGCCGUUAAUUGGAGGAGUGUAGCACCGUCGACAUUCACAAGCUGUUAAUGGUUUCCAUUCCACACUCAUACCAACUGCCAAGACCAGGCAACAGUAACAGGAUUCAAAUAGCGAGCAAAAAUCUCCACUGUUCUUUCUCAUAGAAAAGCAAUGCCAUGAUGUUUUGCCUUGCAUGACCUCCCGAUACCAUUCUGUCAUGCUCUUGAUGUUCUUCUUGGUUGUUAGGAUAAUUAUUGUCUUAUUGAUCGAACUGCAUGACCAGUGCAUUUGGAUCAAUAUUCCUGUCACAUUUGACUUUGUCCAUUUGCCUAAGAGGCCGCCAUUCACAGUAAAUUUCCAGAUGUUCAAAUUCAAUGUGAAGUUGUUCAUACAAGGCACCAAAGAUAUCAAAGAGCACUAACCCACUCGGCAUAAAAUCAUUUACAUAAACAACAUUUUCCGACCUCUGCCUCAGCCAUGUUGCUAAACUCUGUAGCCUUCCUCUCUAAUCGUAUCAUGCAGUGGCAGCACCAAAGGGAGUGCUGACUGUAAUAUCAGAAUGUAUUACAUGGUAUUAUGUUGUCAGUAAAUCAGAACAGACAUUCCUGUAUCGUUGCCAUUCAGUGUGACAAUGCCAAUCCAAUAGCAGGUGAUUUUCGCUGAUUCAUUCCGUAUCUCUUUACUCUGUCUGAGCUGAACUGUAUUUUCCUCAUCAAAUCAAAUCCCUGUUUCUCCUUUUAUGACUCAGCUCAAUAUUUCUUUCUAUUGACUGUUUGUCAUGUAGGCAUUAGACAUUUCACAUAGGAUUAUAAGUAACAUAUUACAAAUGUGUAUUGUCAAAGCUUUUGAUACACUGUGACAAUAUAGGGAGUUUGAUCCCAUUAGGAGUUAAUGUACCAAAUAAAGUUACACUUUCAGUGCUGACGUGUCAAUAUUAUCAGUGCUCAACUUGUCAAUCACACAGUAUUAGGUCGGUAUCGCCACAUAAAGCUACUAGCAAGCUGACUUUUCAGACAGAGUGAGCAGAGACUAUGGCUAUGACACCCUAUUCCCUAUAUAGUGCAUUACUUUUGAACAGAGCUCUAUUGACCCUGGUCAUGUGGUGAUACCAAUACCCCAGGUAUCGAUCUACUGCACCAUUCCGGGUCUUAGGCAGAUUUAAAUAAAAUACAAUACUGCCCCUCAUCGUAACAGAAAGGAGUCUCAGCUUAAACCUUGUUGCUACUGACUGAAGUUAUUUCUGGAUGGAAAUCUAUCUAAGUGAAGAGCUGUGGAAUCUAUGUAGACACCAAAAUGAAUGGAGCUUUGAUGUUCGGUUUUCUAAUGCACUGUAGCACAAUCACUCAUUAUGUAAAGCUUAUGUUACUUUUCAGGGGGUUUGCCUGUAAUACCUGUAUAAUUCAGUUUAAACCUCUGAUUCAAUGCAGUUAUUGUAUCGGGCUCUCUAAAAUAAUCUAUUCAAUUAUGCUUAAUUCAGUUAAGACCAUGAGGCUGAAGUCUAACAACUUUUUCCCCCGUCUUCCCUUGUGCCGGUUUUCUUUAGAGUGUAUUGAAGCCCGAGGUAACUCCAGCUCCAUCUCUGCAGAGCGCAGAUGCAUUGUCUGAUGCCGUGGCUGGCCUCAGCACCGUGGAGGAGGUCAUGAAGUACCUGGAUCCCGAUAGAUGGCAGCGGGACAUGGAAGACCUGUACAAGCCCUCUUGGCAUAUCCUGGGAAAGUCAUUCCUCCACAACAAGAAAUCCAGAGGUACGGCUAACAGCUGGGGUUGUAGUGACAGGAAUUGCAGUGGAAGAAAAGUCUGUCAUGUUGAUAUGGAGGGAAAAACAGAUAUACAGCUGCAGUUCAGCAUAAAACUGUCUUGAAAAAGUUUAAAGUUCUACCAUUUUUGAAAAUGGCAAUUUAACCUCAGCUUAGCAAUUGAUGCCCCUUCUUUGGAACUGAGUAAAAUGUAUUUAAUAAUGUUAGGCUGACGUGAUGAGCUUAAACUAUUUCUUGAACAGGGGUGGAUCUCAACCUGUUGAGAGAAGAGGUGAGACUGUACAGCUGCACGCCGCGCAACUUCUCCGUCUCCCUGAGGGAGGAGCUCAAGAGGACGGACGCCAUCUUCUGGCCUAGCUGCCUCCUGGUGAAGCGCUGCGGGGGUAACUGUGCCUGCUGCUCGCACCGCUGCUUCGACUGCCAGUGUGUGCCCACCCGGGUCGUCAACAAGUACCAUGAGGUAAAAGUUUGGCAUGGGUAGCGUUACAAAGUUCAGAGGUUUGAAUAUUCCUGGAAUCAGGAGGGAAUACACUGGGAAUCCAGGAAUCUUCCAACCAGGAUUUCUGGAGAACCUGGAAUUGUUGGGAAGUUUGCAUUUCUAGACAAGGGUCCUUAAAAGUACCUACCUGGUAACAUUUAUGUGCUACUUAUCCAAAAAGUUAAUUAUUUUUUAGAAAGAUCAGCAUAAUAAACCCAAGCUAAAUUCCAUCCUGUUAUUUUGUGUUUGAAAUAUGUCAUUGAUGUAUAACAAAUGUAGCCUAUCACGGAGACAUUUCUGCUAUGUAGCUAAUUGAAGCAUUUGAUGUGUAAAUGUGUUUGAUGUUGUUUUUGGUGGAGGGCAACUCUCAAUCUGCUCUCUGGUUCGCCGCCCUCUGUAGGUUCUCCUGCUGAAGCACCGAAGCGGGGGCCGAGGCCUGCAGAAGUCCAUGACCGACGUGCCCCUGGAACACCACGAGGAGUGUGCCUGUGUGUGCAAAGACGACUGGGACUGA